UUUUUUUUUUCUUCUUCUUCUUUUAUCGGUUCUACCGAGCUUGACCCGCAUUUGUGUUACGCAGAGCAGAGAUUCGACAUUAGAUUAGAUCGAUACUACUAACCCUUUUGGUCACACAUGUUCCCUUUUUCCUUUUCAGGGCAGCAGCUAACCUUGCUGAGGAACGGAAUAGUGCAGUAUCGUCUGAAACAAGCAGCGCAAUGACAUCACCGAUAAUUGACCAGCCUGUGAAAUUAAGAUGCGUAUUCGGGAUGACUGCCAAGUAAUUCCAGUAAUUCGCAGGAGAUAGCUAUCCACUUAUUACGCUCAUUACCUUACCUAGAAGGUACAGGAAGUUAACCUUUUUACCUUUCUUCUCUGUUACCUGAGUUAUAAGCUUCCCCCUACUUUAGGUACUUAUCUUCACUAUUGCUCUAGCUGCUUCUUUUCGCUCCAUAUAUAAUAAGUAAUCCAAACUGAGUCGUAGACACGCGACCAUGAAUACCGCUACGGUGUCUAUGGCGGUUACGCCAACGAUAUUGUCAACAUUUCUGUCUCACUACCUCAAUCGAAAGCCGUUACGCGAACUACCAACUGCCCACCUUUCGUACGACGAGGGUCUACACCUCAUACGAUCAUUCCUUUCGUACGCGUCGCAUCACACAGUCGAAGAUAUCCAAGCCUUUACCUCACAAUGGGUACCUCAUCCCCAAUGGGUCAAGGUCGAUCAAGUAGAGGUCCCCGAGUCGAAGCUUGUAGAAGCUGCAGGCGCUCUACAGGCGCAGUUAGGUCCGGAUGGCAUUAGGAAAGUCGGCGGCCGGAACUGGUGGCAAUGGCGGAAGCUUGAUAGCCCACUGAAGGCAGAAUGGAUUGAGAUGAAGGCUGAUUAUCACGAGCGCAAGAAGAAUAAUGACCCAGGAAAACGAGUUAUGCUCUAUGUCCACGGUGGUGCUUAUUACUUUGGAAGUGUAGACGAACAUCGGUACCAGAUGCAGCGACAUGCGCGGAAACUGAAAGCAAGGGUAUUUGCACCUGAAUAUCGAUUAUCUCCCCAGUUUCCUUUUCCAUGCGGCCUACAGGAUUGUCUAGCAGCGUAUCUAUACUUGCUUACGAUCCAAGACCCUGCAACAAUCAUCCUCGCUGGAGACUCAGCAGGUGGUGGCAUGGUUUUGAGCAUGCUGGUUACUAUGAGAGAUAGAGCUAUACCUUUACCUGCUGGUGCUAUUCUUAUUAGCCCCUGGGUAGACUUGACGCACUCCUUCCCUAGCGUUUCAGGAGAUAACCCUUUUGACUAUAUUCCUCAGUGUGGCUUUCAUCAUAAGCCCUCCAAAGCGUGGCCUCCUCUGAAUGCGGAUGAAUAUGCGGCGUUGGCGGAGCAGGUGGCUAAAAACACUAAGAAGGGCCUACCUAAGUUGAUGAAGCCCGCUUCGGUUGAAGCGAAGCCUCUCCCUCAAGAUCUCGCACAGCUUAAUGCGGCGGACACAUCAGAAAGCGAUACUCCAGCCGCUACCCUUGCCGAAACUUCAUACAUUUCGAUCAAUCUCGAUGGUAAGGAGGUCAAGCUCAAAGAUCAAAUUCAGAUGUAUACGACCAAUGAGCUCCUAUCGCACCCUCUGGUCAGCCCUGUCAUGCAACCUACCCUUGGUGGGCUGCCACCUUUACUUAUCAUGACGGGCGGAGGAGAAAUUCUUCGAGAUGAACAAAUAUAUUUAGCACACAAAUGUGCUAAUCCAUCUAAGUACCUGCCUCCGGAGUCUGUAAUGAAUGAGGCGGCAUACGAACAAUUGAAACGUUUCAAACCAACUGACGUCCAACUUCAAGUUUGGGACGAUCUAUGCCAUGUUGCCACAACUCUGAGUUUUACUAGGCCAGCGAAGUUUAUGUACCGUUCGAUAGCUCAGUUUGGUGCUUGGGCUUUGGCGAGGGCCCAAAAGACGGGUAUCGAGAUCCUAGACGACGAUGAUAUCUCUGUCAUAUCGAACUCUAGUUCAAAUUCAAAUGCAGAAGCUCCGGCCACAGUUACUAGGGAGGAAAGUAAAGGAGAAAGCGAUACUGAAGUUGAGGUUGGAAAAGCUGGUGACCCCUUACCGCCAUUCAAAAAUCACAUGAUUCGCCAACGUGUCAGUCGUCACGGGGUUAUUAGGCACCUGGAGCCUGCUUCCGAGUUGGUGGGUUGUACUAUGGAUCGCGACAGUGUAGGUGUCGUCAAGGAGACUCCAGUACGAAGGUGGCUUGAAACGCGAGCUCAGUGGAAUAAACGCUAUGGAAGUAUCCGUACAAAAAUACACAAGAGGCGUCUUAAGGAGAUGGCUGCUGGUUACGUGGGUUUCGAUGGAGAGACACCGCCACCAGCGUCUCUCGCUAGCAGGCGUAGAGGAGCAGAAGACGGCGCAGAAAAGAAGAGAACGAAGAGCAUGGGCCUUGCUAUGUGGUCUCUCUGGGGCUCCAAGCACGAUGAAGCUACAGUAAUCAGGGAAAACGAAGCGGAUAGGGCCCCGGAAGUUAAGGUUGCUACUACCGACGAAGGAGAGGGAGCCCGCUCACCCGGCGACCUCCAAGAGCAAGAGAAGGAAAUGGCUAAGCGAGAACUCGGACAUAACCGGAGCCGGUCAAGGACGAAAAUAGUCAGGGACGAACAGCAAGUUUCCAAUGAUGAUGCGAACGAAAGCACACUCAUUGCUAUGCUUAUGGCCGAGCGUGAGGCAAAAUCAAGACAAGCUGAGCCAUUACCGUCUUCUGGGAGUAGCCUUUUGACGGCGGAUUACGUUUCGCAUGAGACAGGCGUUGCGGGCAAACGGCCUAUCGUGGGUGGUAUUGCCGUGCCUUUUACUCUUAAUAAAGAAGCCGAGACAGCCAGCAUGAUCACAUUGACUUCAGCCUUUGACCAACCAGAUCGGGUUGCGAGUCCUAGGCCACUGAGCCCGGAGGCCGAUGCUAUGGCGACAACAAGCGCUGCAGUCGUUGCCGCUGCUACCGACAAAGCGAAAGACGAAGUCGUCGAUCCCGACUCGCUAAAGCAGCAGGAGUUUGGUUCCCGUGAAAUUGUUGUUCCUGUAACUGUUGACGAGCCAAACGGUCCCAGGACUCCUAUAACUGCUACUCCUGAACCUACACCAGGCCUCGAGACCGCACCUACAACGCCAUUCGUCACGGUAGAUGGGGUUGGCGCAAACGUACAAAGGCCCCCGUUGGAAACGUUCGUUACCGCGCAAGAGGAUCUACCUACUACGAAAUGAAGCUUUUAAAAGAAUCGAGGCAUUGGCGGAGAGGAGGGAAACAGCAAUAUACCCGGUAUAUCCUAUGUUAUUUGUCCGGCCUUGGAUAGUGUGCUGCUUUAUAUUUUAUAUUUUUAUUUUUAUUUUGAUAUACCCUCGUUAAUAGUCACUUAGUAAUAGCAUUAGAAUUUGGCCUUGAC